AUGAAAGUAAUUGAUAAUGUAAAAAGGGAUCCACCAGGAAGCGACUUGAUUUCUAAGCUUAUAUUACGAGAUCCUGAUGUUGUUGAAAUGGUUACAACGACCUUCAUAGGUCCAACUGCUGCAUCCCUGUAUUCUCCAAGACCGACAGAAUGGGCAGACGGUUCUAAGUCCGAUGUCGUAUAUGUUUCCAAUGUUUCGUCUACCAGUUUCCCGCCAAUACUAAUCGAAGUCCAGCAUACAAUUACACCAGACUUUAUUGACCGCCUGAUCAACUACUCUCUGUCUGUAAAAAAAUGCUUUAAAGAAAAACUGAUUGUGAUUGUAUUUGGCACGCAUGCACUUAGCUGUGCGCAGACUCUGUGCGCUACAAGGAAUGAAAUUAGUCUUGAUUUUGAAACAACUUCGUUUGAAUUCGCAAGAGGGAUCCCAAGUAAAUACUGGGCGGAAAAAUGCUACAUACUUGAUAAAAAUACCAUCGCUGAAGCCACUAAAGUAACUCCCUUGCCAGCAAUGAUGGCAUUGGCUUAUUUUUUCUCUUCCCAAAAGCUAUCUCUUUUAUCAAGUCAAUUUCAAGAUGAUCCUACCGUUCGGAAGUUGUAUUCCAUUGCCAAAAACCAGACGUCAACAAGGAUUGUACAAGAAAAGUCCGUGGCUGAAGCUUUACUUGAAAUCUGUGAACAAACCAACAAGCAGUUCAAGGAAAUUUCGAAUACUUUGGAUCCCAUGCCUGAUACCCUGUUGAAGAAACGAUUACGUGCUUAUACUAGUGAUGGCCUGUUGUACACCGAGACCUGCAAACGUAUGUACAUAAGAGAAUCAGAUUCGCUUGUUGAGCCAAUGCCACCACCACCCGUAUUAUCCGAGCUGGCAAGAUCAAGUUUAGUAAAUGAAAGUAGUUCUAGCGUCGACAUACUUCGCGCCGAAGCUGAUCUCCCGAAAACUGAUAUGGAAUACGUUCAACAAUUCAAGGAAGGCGUAGAAAGAAUGGAUUGGAAAAGGAGAAGGUUUCUUUAG